CAGUCAUCAUCACCAAGAUCUCGGACACAAUCGAAGAAUCAUGCUCUGAGUCCGACGCGUCAGCGCUGUACUAAACGUAAACAGUUGACGUGUGAAGAUGAAUUUUGGUUCCAAAAGCAAGAAGCGGAUGGUUCUGCCGACCCGUCCCGACCCGCCGACAGUGGCGCAGAUCACGGAGGAUGUGAACCGAGCCUAUCCCAACGAUCCAGUCUUCACCGUUUUACCCGAUUCUGCGGAAGAUCUGAAGGCCAGUUCCAGCAACAGCGAAGUGGAGGUGAGAUACCUGCAGAGCAGACGCUACAUAGAGCUGCAUGAGCGAUUGCAAGAAGAACGUGGCAGUCUGGCACGGCGGAGAGAUGAGCUGCGUGCGGCUGGAGAGUCUUUGGAGCGCAGCGUGAUGGAAGUGAAGAGGAGCGCGCUGUGACAACUCGCAUGUAUCUUUUGAACUUGAGAUUUGCUCAUUCAGUUGCUGAUGACGGAGCAUGGCACUUGAUUUCCAUGGAAGAGCCUUUCCUCUUGCUAAGCUGCUGUUAGCAUUUAGAUUCAGUGUCGUCAUAGUAACUCUUUAAAUGUGCCACUUGGACACUUUUGACAUUUUGAUGCUGAAAUUCAUCAGUUCUUUUUGUUUGUGAUAUUCCUGGCUGAUUUGUUUGUGUUAAAUCUACAUUUUCAAUGUGUUAUGUGUGUUCAGUACUGUAUAAGUGCAGUCCAUUCCAUACAUUGUGCAGUCUCAAUGUAUUUUUCAUUAUUUAAUGUAAUUUACAUCUCAUUUUCACAAUCCAAGCUUCUUGAGUUUAUUGAUGACUGGAAUAUUUCAGUAUGUUCUUCACAGCUCAUUUUCAUUUGUAUUAAAUUUAGUCAGUCAAAAAGCCUGAUUAAGGUUCAUUGUUCAUGCAAAAAUCCUUAGUUUUAAAAUAUAAAGAUCUCACAGCAUGUGA